AUUUAAUGGAUUAUCAGAAAUUAUUUAGUGUGAUUCCAAAGGAACCUCGUAGAUGGACUCAAUGCGAUGUUGAAUCGUGGUUGGAAUUUAUUGGAUUACAGGAUUUAUCAGAUGUUUUUUGUAAUGCUUGAUAAUGUUAUAUGAUAGAAAGAAAUGCAAUUGAUGGGGCUUGUUUGGAAGUGUUAAAUGAUGACGAUUUGAAUGAAUUGGGUAUCAGCUCAAAUGUGAAAAAGAAGAAGAUUUUAUAAUGGAUUCAAAAUGGAUUCAUCGAAUAUAAAUAAUUUGUUAGAAACAACGUCGGUUAAAGUGAAUGGUCAAUUGCAAGCAAACAGAUUGUGAACAAGGAAAAUCUCGACUAUACUCCAAUCUAAAGAUUAAAUGAUUUCAAACCAAGAAGAGAUAGCUUCCAAGAUAAUCACAAGGUUGAAUUGGUAGAAUCAAUGAAAGUAGUAGAAGCCCCUCAGAUAUUAAAGUAGCCAAAACAAAAUCUAGAAGCCACUAAGAUUCCAUCCUACCCAAACUAAAUUAAGUAGACUGAAUCCAUGCAUACUAUUGAACUGGUUUGCAUAGGUGAUAAUUAGAAGGUGAGUGUGUCAGAAAAGGGACUUAGUAUUGGAAGAAACCCAGAGAAUACUUUGGUGUUGAGUGAAGAUUAUGUGAGUAGAAAUCAUUGUCUGGUUGAAUUUGAUCAGAAGACAAAGAAUUUUUAUUUGAAAGAUACUGGUAGUACUUCUGGGACUUUCGUAUUGUUGAUGCAACCUUCAUUGAUGAGAUUGGGAUUGAUCUUACAUAUGGGAAGCAUGCAGUACAAAAUAGAGUAGAUGAAUUGCAGUAAUCAAUAAUGUGAUGUCGUAUUGAGAGUGGUAGAGGGAGUGCAGAAGAAUCAAAAGUUUUCGUUCUAAUUAGUUAAGAAUCAGAAUUGUUUGAAGUUUGGGAGGUAGUUAGAUCAAUUUAGGAUGGAUACGGUAAUUAUGAUAUGUAUGGAGUUAGCAUUUGUCUGGUGUUCAUGCCUAAUUUAGUUACACAAAUGAUGGAUUGAUUUUGGAGGACAUGGGUAGUAGAAAUGGAGUUUGGGUUAGAUUGAGUGAACAAGGGUAGUGCAGUGAGAGAGUAAAGUUAACUUAAGAUAGACAAUUUAGACUUGGGUAUGAAAAAAUUUAUUUGUGUAAUAUAAAUAAUAUUAAAUGAAUAAUAAUUAAGCCAAUUCAGCAAUUUCUAUCAAAUUAGUCGUUGUGGGGGAUGGUAGUGUUGGGAAGACAUGCAUUUUGAUAAGGUAAAUAGGAGGAGACUAAUAAUAGAUACACUGAGGACAAAUUUCCGACUGAUUAUGUGCCAACUAUUUUUGAGAAUUAUUGUGCUUAAGUGUUAUAUGAGAACAAAAUGGUAAACCUUAAUUUAUGGUAUUCUAAAUUUAUAUUAAUAACGAAGGGAUACAGCAGGACAGGAGGAAUAUAAAUAAUUGAGAUCUAUCAGUUACCCUUAAAGCGAUGUGUUUUUAAUUACAUUUUCAGUAGAUGAGCCGAGUUCAUUUUAAAAUGCGAUUAAAAAAGUAACCGAAUUUGAUCAAUUGUAUUAGUGGUAUCCUGAAUUGCAAGCAGAUCAACCUAAUGCUCCCAAGAUAUUUAUAGGAAAUAAAAUUGAUAUGAGACCAACAGAAAAUGUUAAUGAGAAUAACUUUGUUACAUUUAACAUAGCCUAAAAAGUGGUUUCAGAUCUAGGAUGCAAGUACAUUGAAUGCAGUGCACUCAAUGGAACCAAUAUAAAAUAAAUAUUUUUAGAGGCCAUUAAACAAGCCAUGAAAAAGAAAUUCCCACAAUAAACAUCUCAAACUUCAGGACCAGCUAAAACUUAAUCUGGAAAUCAAAGAAAGAGUAAUUCGAAUGAAAAUGCUGAUGCAAGCGGAAAAUGUUCAAUUUAAUGAUUGCAUAAAAUAGUGC